AAACUCUGCAUAACGCAGGUUUCCAAAGAGCAAGUGAAGGCAUCACUGUUUCCGCCCUGCUUUCCUCUGACAUCUCAACAGCUCUGCAGCUCACCAGAAUGAAGGACAACCACCUGGGUCGAGUUUUCAUCAUCGCCGCGUGUUCGUUGGUCUACGUGGCCGUUUUGGUCGUUAACGGGUUGGCCGGAGCAGGAAAAGGUCCUUUCCACUCCAGUACCGGUAAUGUCUCAGCCCGGUAUGAGACGGAUAUCACUCCAGCUGGUUGGACCUUCUCUAUCUGGGGUGUUAUCUACACCUGGCUGACCCUGAUGGUCAUUUUCAUCACUUCAUUUGUCUGCAGAGGAUCCUGGGCUCAGUGUCUGCUGCCGUACGCCUUCUAUUUCUGCUGGCUGCUCAGCAUGACCACCAACAUGACUUGGCUCCUGCUGUGGGAUAGGGAGUUGAUGCUGGCCGCUCUGGUUGUGUUGAUCUGCAUUGUGAUUUCCAACUAUGGUGCUUUGUUCUUCUGUUGCUUUGCAACAGAUUAUUAUGGGAUGUGGUUGCAGACGUAUCACCGUAAAACUCUGGCCUGUCUCAGGAUUCUGGUCCAGAACGGAUUGACGGUCUAUGCUACAUGGACAUCUAUUGCCUCUCUGAUCAACUUCUGUGUGGUUCUUCAUCUGUGGGGGGUUGAGAAGAGCACGGCGGCCACGGCGUGUCUGUGUAUCCUGUUUGCAGAGGUGGUGGGAUGGUUCAUUCUAGAAAACUGGGUUCUGGACCGCUGGACCAGAAACAUUCUGACUGUCUACCCUGUGGUGAUCGUUGCUCUGGUUGGAAUCCUCUACAAACAUUUUAACCCAGCUGAUCCCACCCCAAAUUCUGUCUUUACUGUCAUACUGCUGGUGUUGGCGUGCAUCCUCAUGGUUUCCCGGCUGUGUACAGUCAUCUGGAGGAACAGGUGGAGGCCUCUCCACUCACCGGGUUCAACCAGACGCAUAGUGUCACCUCUCGACGGCAGUACGUUCAAGAUCCUUUCCUAAGGAAACCUGAAGCCACUGGUGCCUUCAGGAGUAACUCCAGUUUUAAAAUCAGCCUUUGCUCAUCCUGAAUUUCCAUAGCAUGAAUAAGAAUUGUGGGAAAAAGCAGAAGAUCUUCUCUUUAUAAACAGCUGAAACACUUUCUAUAAGAUCUUAACUGUAUACAACUUUAAAAUUUAAUUCUAUCUUUGUUUCAAGUUCUUCUUUUUCCAAAGCCAUGUAUCGAAUUAAAAUGUAUUGUUUACAUUA